ACAAUUCAACUCCACCCUCUUUGAGCUUGGACAGGUUUUUGGACGUUUGGACUGGGAUUCUGCAGGUUCCCAGAGCCCGGCUAGCGGGAUGCUAGCGGGGAGGGUGCUGUUCCGACAAACGAGUGUUUUGUUGAGGUCCCCUCACAUCAAACAGCUGCAAGCCGUCCUGUUCCCCAGAAAGGUUGGGCACGGAAGGGGGAAACCCUGUUUUAGUAUGUUGUUUAAAAGAUAUGAUACACCCGGACAAGAAGUCAAUUUAAUUACAUAUAUAUAUAUAUAUAUAUGUUGCUCACUGACUUACACGUAGAGGACAUUCUUCUUUCGGGUCACCUAAGGACCAUGUUUAAAAUGGUCUUGGACUGCUAGAGUAUAUUGAAUAGCCUUGACGUUGACCAUGGCUCAAGCCUACUCAAUUACUCCUCUCGAUUCUGAAGGCGCAGCAAUGCAAGUGGUGGCUGUGUCUGGCAACGCGAUUGCUCAGCUUGACGAGGAUGAGCUGCAUUACAUGGUGGAAAGUGGGCAAUCUGUUCGAGACCUCAAGCGACUUCUUUCAGCUCAGGUUGGGUGUUCAAGGUUUCAGCAAAGACUCUUCAGUGACGAGCUUGGAGAAUUGGAGGAUGACUUGGCUCUACGAACACUGUCAAGUGUCCAGCUGAUAAUUCUGCCUUUGUGUGCCCCUGACAAGACCAUGGAAGAAGAACUGCUCAGAGGCUGCGCGGAGAAUAAUGUGGCUCAAAUUGAAUGGCUGCUUCAAAAGCCGCUGGACCCGAACAGGGAUGGUUUGGUUCUUGCUGCCUCGUGUGGGCACUUGGAAGUUGUGCGAUUGUUGCUCGAGGCUGGAGUUGACAAAGAUGCAGCAGAUACAGAUGGCUGGACGGCUUUGCACAUUGCAGCCGAGAAUGGCCACUCGGAAGUUGUGCGGUUGUUGCUCGAGGCUGGAGCUGACAAAGAUGCAGCAGAUAUACAUUUCAAUGGUUGGACGGCUUUGCACUUUUCAGCCAGGAAUGGCCACUUGGAAGUUGCGCGAUUGUUGCUGGAGGCAAGAGCUGACAAAGAUGCUGCAACGGCCGAUGGUCUAACGGCUUUGCACAUUGCAGCCCGGGAAGGCUACUCAGCCUUGAAAGUUGUGCGAUUGUUGUGUGAGGCUGGAGCUGACAAAGAUGCAGCAGAUAUCGGUGGGUCAACGGCUUUGCACUUUGCAGCCAGGAAUGGCCACUUGGAAGUUGGCCACUGCCACUUGAAAGUUGUGCGAUUGUUGCUCGAGGCUGGAGCUGACAAAGAUGCAGCAGAUACCGAUGGUUCAACGGCUUUGCACUUUGCAGCCAGGAAUGGCCACUUGAAAGUUGUGCAAUUGUUGCGUGAGGCUGGAGCUGACAAAGAUGCAGCAGAUACAGAUGGUUGCACGGCUCUGGGCUUUGCAGCCUAUAACGGUAACGGCCACUUGGAAGUUGUGCGGUCGUUGCCUGAGGCUGGAACUGACACGCAAGGUUGGACGGCUUCAACCCUUGCAACAUCUUGCAACCAUGAGGGGGAACAGGGAAGUUGGCCGAUUGUUUGAGGCUAGAGCGGCUAGAGGCUUGAUUGCUACUUGCGCACGAUUGUCGCCACGACAGAUGGUUCUCACGGCUUUACACAUUGCAGCCGAGACUGGCUUGAGCAAAAACAAGCCCCUAGUUUGGGUUUGGCACAAGACCCAGCCAACCUAAAUGUGGUCUUUUGUGUUUUUCCUCGUGCUCCCUUUGUAAAAGGUUCCCUUGCUGCAUCAUGCUGCCUUUUGAGGAUCAGCAGUCCACAGCUGUGAUAUGGUGCAUGGCCAAAAGGUCAUCACCCCCACC